GUUGACUUAGCCUCUGGUCUCUGGCCUCCAUCUUUUUUGGGGUCCCUCACUUCCUGUUUUGAGGAAGCAAGAGCCUGAGUACUUCCUUCCUAGGAACUGGGUGCUCUCUAGAGCCUGGGAAAGCAGGCAGGGACACCUGCUAGAGGGGCCACAAGACCUGAAAACCACAGCUGGAGGAACUUGGAGACAAUGAGUGGUGAGCUGGCUGUACUCUGACCUGCUGGGCUGGAAUAGUACAGAGUGCCCAGGGCUGCUGAUCACACUCUGGGUAGUGUCUUGAGACCUCCUGAGGAUGCUUCCCUGGCUUCUUGUCUUCUCUACCCUGGCUCUCCCAGUAUGGGGUGCUUCCUUCUGGGAAAAAACACAAACCAAACAGAUGUCAGAGGGGCUGCAGAAACUGCUUGGCAACAUCUCCCAGUUCCUGGAGAAAGGCAAACUGGGCCAAGAUGGUGACUUCGUCAUGGUCUCUCGAGAGGAAUGGGGCACAAAAGCAACUGGCUGCAGCUCUAAGCUGAGCAGGCCAGCGAAGGUCCUUGUCAUACACCAUGUCCCUGGUCUGGAGUGCCUCAGCCAGACUGUCUGUGGUCAGAAGCUUCAGGAACUGCAGGCCUAUCACAUCCGCAACAGCUGGUGUGAUGUGGCCUACAAUUUCCUGGUUGGGGAUGAUGGCAGAGUAUAUGAAGGUGUCGGCUGGAACGUCCAAGGCUCACACGACCAAGGCUAUAACAACAUCUCCUUAGGCAUUGGCUUAUUUGGUGCCCAGGAAGGCCACAGUCCCAGCCCUGUAGCUCUGUCAGCAAUGAAGGGCCUGAUUUCCCAUGCUGUGAAGAAGGGCCACUUGUCACCCAAGUACAUCCAGCCACUUCUUGUGAAAAGCGAAAACUGCCUGGUCCCUCCACAGAAGGGGAGACAGAAGAGAGCUUGCCCCCACAUCGUUCCACGGUCUGCUUGGGGGGCAAGAGAGUCCCACUGCUCCAAGAUGACUCUCCCUGCAAAGUAUGCCAUCAUCCUUCACACGGCUGGGAGAACCUGCAGCCAGCCGGAUGAGUGCCGCCUGCUGGUCCGAGAUCUCCAGUCCUUCUUCAUGGACAGGCUAAAUGAGUGUGACAUUGGGUAUAACUUCCUUGUGGGCCAGGAUGGUGGUGUUUAUGAAGGGGUAGGCUGGAACAGCCAAGGAUCCCACACGGAUGGGUACAAUGACAUUGCUUUGAGCAUCACCUUCAUGGGCAUCUUCACGGGUUCCUCACCCAAUGCAGCUGCUCUGGAAGCAGCUCAGGACCUGAUCCAGUGUGCUGUAGACAAGGGGUACCUGACCUCCAACUACCUGCUAAUGGGCCACAGUGAUGUGUCCAAUACUCUGUCUCCUGGACAGGCAUUGUACAACAUCAUCAAGACAUGGCCUCACUUCAAGCACUGAGGGAGGCCCCAGUCCCAUCCGAGGAUGCUCUGCCUCCUGCUGGGUAUCUGUUCUCAGCUCCCACCCUGGACUAGCAUCUCUGUUCUCUCAUUUCAAAACUUACCUUGCUCAUCUCCUAGAUUGGGAUGACCAUGUCUUCUCCUGGUGACAUCCACCACUGUCCCCCAGGUUUUGUAUGCAUAGUUCUGAAUCUUCUCCCCUGGUCACUUGUCUUCUCAGCCAGGUAAGGUGAGGGGCUGGUUCUUGUCAUACAUCUAUAUCCCUAGUUAUCUGCCCUUCUACUCAGCACACGGGCACCCGUGAUUUGUCUGGAAGCUUCUAGAGCUCAUCCACAGGCCAGGCGGGGUGUUCUGCCAUUCUCUCCUCACACAUCAGCCUGUGCGUAUGUGAGUUCUCCCUUUAUUUAAGCGUUUGGGUUGGUUGCAGGCUUAUCUAUUCAUUCUCCUCUAGUCUGAAAUUCUUCCAGGGCAGCAGCUGAGGUUUCUUCACUAGGGAGCCUAUCUGUGUCUAACUGUUAGUAGGUAUUAGAGAUCUUCAUUAGAGAAAUGACUGGACAAGUUAAAGACCCCAGUCCUUUCCCGAAGGUUGCCAUCAUCCCUUUGUGGAAGCCCUGCUGUCCAGCACUGCAUCUCUUAUUGUUCUCUGCACUGACACUGCUUGGUUGGAGGCUCGGAGCUGGCUGUGACUUGUCCGUAACAGAUGCCGUGCCUCUAGAGUCCUGUGUCACUGUAUCCAUCGAGCACCCUGAGUGCCAGGACCACAUGCUUCUCCAAGGCCAAGGCAGACCCGUGCCAACACUUGCUGCCUGGCACUGUGGCCCGCCUGUGCCUGGAUGGGUCCCGCUGGGCUGACCCUGGUGCUCUGCAACCCUUACUACCCUCAUUCUUUGUUGUGUUUGUUGGAAACACAUGAAGCAUUGUUUUUCUCUGUGUUAUUCUGCAAAAUGGAAGGGAGAAUAAGAGGGAAAUAGGAGAGAUGAGUAAAACAAAUAUGAUGUAGGGAUUGUCUUGUUUGAUUAAAUAUUGUUUUGUCUUGUUUUAUAUGCUUUUGUUGCUCUUAUUUUAAUAAAAAUAAAUACAAGA